GUAGUGGAAAUGUUGUUUUGGUUGUUGACAACAUUUGGACAUGACAGCAGUGAUCCGGAAUCGAAGAAUUUCAAAUAUAAAUUAUCAAGGAUACAUUUUCAUUCGUUGACUUUUCAUCUAAUGGUCUACAAAGGAACAGACUGGUCGAAUCUAGCAGCCGGUUUGGCUGCUGGUGCAAGGGUUGCGGCUCGCCAAUCGUGUAAAAUAACGAAUGACAUGAAUACGGAUAAUUUAGAAUUGAGGAUAUCAAGUUCGCACUUACUGGACAAAGAAGUUGGAAAACAAUAUGUGUUUGAGCCUCAGAAGCCCAUAGCUUCCUGGAUGCGUAAAGAUGUUGUAUUCAUCUAUACUCCUGUUCUGGUUUGCAAAUUUCCGGCGAAAACUGUUGGUAUCGAUGAUGCUAUUUCGACCACAGGCCUUAUAUUCUCACAAUUUUAUCGCUUUUCAUCGUGGUAG